CCAUCAGCCUGUCUACGAAACGACCAAUCUAAUCACUCGCAGUGAUACGCGUCUCGAUAAUUUUGGCACAAAUUCACGAGCAAGAGGGUUGAGCCUGGAUCUCGAGAUGAAAACACUACUUCGUUGUGCCUGGACACUCACACAGCUUGCAGCGCUGUCGACAACAGGAAUACUGGCGAAGCAAACCGCCGACUUCGAUCCUUUACAAUGGGUCGACCCAUUAAUCGGUAGCAGAGACGGCGGGAAUGUCUUCGCAGGUGCGACACUGCCAUUUGGCAUGGCAAAAGCCGUUGCGGAUGUAGAUGGUGCGAAUACCGGGGGAUUUUCCACGGACGGCAGCAACAUCACCGGCUUCUCGGCUUUGCAUGACUCUGGAACAGGAGGAAAUCCAAGCUUAGGCAACUUCCCCAUCUUUCCGCAGCUGUGCUCAGGCGAUGAUAUCAACACGUGCAAAUUUCCAAUCGCAGCACGCGCAACUCCUUACCAAAACGAAUCAAUCGAAGCACGACCCGGCUACUUUGGAGUAACACUGGAAAACGGCAUACAUGCUGAUAUGGCCGUUUCAGAACAUGCUGCGCUCUUUCGCUUCGACUUCUCCACAGCAUCUAAUGGAAAUGGAAGCAACGAUCCUCUCAUCAUGCUUGAUCUGACAGAUUUAUGGGCGAGUCGACAAAAUGCUUCUAUCACCAUCGAGGCCGAUGCCGGCCAACAAUCGGGCAGAAUGAAAGGGAAUGCCACUUUUCUACCAAGCUUUGGCGCGGGUUCAUAUGUGGCAUACUUUUGCCUCGAUGUUUCCGGAGGGACUGUCAAAGACUCUGGAGUAUGGGUCAACGACAGAGCUGGUGAGCAGCCAAAACAGCUUUACGUGACGCGCGGCUUCAACUUGUUCUACGUGCAAGCUGGCGGAUUCAUCCGAUUGAAUAGCCCACUCUCAGGACCGGUGCUAGCACGGAUGGGAUUGAGCUUCAUCAGCACUGAUCAGGCCUGUCAAAAUGCUGAGAGGGAAAUUCCGGGGCCCACCUUCGACUUUGACGGACUUGUCACGUCGGCCGAGGAAGCAUGGCGUGAGAAAUUCGCUCCGAUUACUAUCGAAACUGGAGAAGUGGACCAGAGCAUACAGACCAGCUUCUGGAGCGCUGUUUAUCGUACGAUGAUAUCUCCUCAGAACUACACGGGUGAGAACCCGCACUGGCAGAGCGACGAACCAUACUUCGACAGUUUCUACUGUCUCUGGGAUAUGUGGCGUGUCCAACUACCUUUCCUCACUGUAUUGGAGCCUUCUACAGUGUCCAGUCUAGUGCGAAGUAUUCUUGAUACGUACAAGCACCGUGGAUGGCUGCCAGACUGCAUGAUGAGCACCUGCAAAGGCUGGACACAGGGCGGUUCCAACGCCGAUAACGUCUUGGUCGAUGCGUACGUCAAAAACAUCACAGACAUAGACUGGGAACUCGCCUACGAAGCUAUCGUCAAUGACGCUGAGAACGAGCCAUUGGAAUGGAGUCAAGAGGGACGUGGCGGCUUGACGAGUUGGAAAUCCCUUAAUUACAUCCCGGUGUCUGACUUUGACCCUUACGGCUUCGGUACAAACUCAAGAAGUAUAUCGCGAUCUCUGGAAUACGCGUACAAUGACUUCAACCUCGCUACUCUUGCAAAAGGCCUCGGUAAAAACACGACUGAAAAGUACUUCUCUCGCGCAACAAACUGGCGGAACCUCUUCAAAUCUGACCAGACCUCCUCAAUCAACGGUACAGAUACUGGCUUUACGGGCUUCUUCCAACCCAAGAAUCUAAAUGGAACGUGGGGCUACCAAGACCCCAUCGCCUGCAGUCCGUUGACUGACUUUUGUUCACUGACGUCGAAUCCGUCCGAGACAUUCGAGAGUAGUGUAUGGGAAUACAUAUUCUUUGUCCCGCAUGAUAUUGGGAGACUCAUCGAGCUGCUUGGAGGCGAUGAGACGUUUGUGCGCAGGUUGGAUUUCUUCCACACUAGCGGCCUAGCGGACAUAGGAAACGAGCCAGUCUUCCUUACAGUGUAUCUAUCUCAUUUUGCAGGAAGACCUGGAUUGAGUGCAGAGAGGGCACAUUACUACAUUCCGUCACGGUUCAACGCUACACCCGGCGGCCUUCCAGGCAAUGACGAUUCGGGGAGCAUGGCGUCUUUUGCACUCUUCAGCAUGCUCGGCUUAUUCCCGAACCCGGGCCAAAACGUCUAUUUUAUCAUUCCGCCUUUCUUCCCUACAGUUUCCAUAGCUAAUAAGCUCACGAAUGCUACUGCCACUAUUCGUAACACCAAUUUCGACAAGGAGUACAAGAAUAUCUAUAUCCAGAGCGCUAAGCUGAAUGGCGAGGUAUAUACGAAGAACUGGAUUGGACACGAGUUUUUCACGCAAGGGUGGACGCUCGAGCUUGUGCUGGGAGAUACGGAAAGUGAUUGGGGUACGAAGAAGGAAGAUAGACCGCCUAGUAUGUCGGAAGGGCAAGGUGAGGUAGAUCUGGGAUUGAGGAUGCAGUAGAAGUCAGCGAUAUGGGGAAAGUCAAGAAGUAUUUGAAAAGUACUGAGCGCCGAAGAUACAAGCGCUGAGCGGACAACCUCGCUAGCGCUGUAAACUAUUC